UUCAAUUCGAAAAAUCUAGUAAUAUUUUGGUAUUAUUUUUAAACUAUAAGGAUAUCAAAUUUUCACUGAAAAAUACGGGAAGACAAUUACUUUCUGAUCAUACAUAAAGUAAUAUGUUUAAUAGCAGUUUUCUUCAUAAUGUAACUCAAUUUUUCUGAAACGAUAUGGAGGACUGUAAAGGGUAUAUAGUUCGUGACAGCAAACCCGCAUUAAAAUCACGUGGUUUUGUUUUGGUAGGUCUGUCUGUAAGGUUAAUCAUAAACAAUAUUUAAGAAGCUAUUAAUCAAAGAGUAAUUAUUUUUUAAUUAAAAAUGCCUGUCGAUCAAAAACGUAUUAAUGGCCCAGAGGCGUCGUUUCCUUAUCACAUUUAUUCGGAUAUCACUGACAGAAAUGUCAAAAUGAAGCAUAACCUUAUUGAAAGAAGCGAUAAACGCACUGACAACGAACUAAGGAAAAUUUUUUUGAAAACUGGUGUUAUUAGCCAAGCCAAAGGUUCUGCAUACAUAGAAAUGGGAAACACAAAAGUUGUCUGCUCAGUAUUCGACCCGAGAGAGGUACCAAACAAAAGUGGCUACUGUGUACAAGGAGAAAUCUAUUGCGAAUUUAAGUUUGCUUCAUUUUCAUGUGAAAAGCGUAGAAUGCAUCAACAGAGUGCAGAUGAAAAACAUUAUAGUCUAAUCAUGCAAAAGGCAUUGGAACCAGCAGUCUGCUUACAUGAGUUUCCUAAUUUUCAAGUAGAUGUGUAUGCAAUGGUCUUAGAUAAUGCUGGAUCUUCAUUGGCAGCAGCAAUCAUGGCAGCUAGCAUUGCCUUAGCGAAUGCAGGUGUUCCUAUGUUUGGCUUAGUUACAGCUUCUACUAUGGGUAUUUAUGGCAACAAGUUCUUAGUAGAUCCCACGGAUAUGGAAGAAGUAUUGUGUAAUACACAUCCAGAUCAAGAAGAUGAUUUUAAUCAUGGGAUAGUAACACUUGCUAGUCUUCCUCAACAUGGUCAAAUUUCAGAGGUAUUUUUAGUUGGAAAUAUUGAUACAGACUCAGUUAUACAUACAACUGACAUUCUGACAGAAAUCAAUAAAGACAUCUGCCCUGUGCUGCAACAGUGUUUAGUUAAAACUAUUAUGAAAUUGCAUAGCAAUUAAAACAAUGUACAAUUUUUAAUGCAAUUAAAUAUAUAUUUUCACAAUAGAAAA